CGCCAAAACUGCUCGAAAAGGACACCGUGAAUACCUGUGCGUAAGAAGACCGUACCGUACGAGGGUAUGAACGUGCGAUUACGGUACCCAGGAAGACAAUCAACUCGUCUCUCGCUGCGCUCUCGCCCAAGCCAAUCACAUCAAUUACUUGUCGAAACGGAURAUGAGAUCGAAAAAAAUACAUGAAAACAAAGAAAAAGAACACAAAAAUCGAGCCAACGACAGAGCGUUAUCCCUGAUGGGUAUUCGUCACCCUUGCUCGUACCAACUUGGAAUCGAAAAGUAGUGAUUCUAACUCGCAACUCGAAGUAAGAGAAUCUUACMACCCGCRCAAUAUGCCACUGACACCCCGGUUUUCGUUGCGACAAACCCAGAAACACGUCUUCGUGAAAAUUUCGGUCCCCUCCUUUCGAUUGACAACUCGUUCUGCUGGKGGAGACGCCGACGACGACUAUGGGUGCCCUUCCAACGGUGGGAUGGAAGUGGCCUUGACCGGCGAAAACAACUCGGAAUUUCAUUUCUAUGCCAAGCCCUAUCUGUUGAAACUAGAUUUUUUUCCCCGGGGAUUUCUGGACGAGGACGAAGGAGGUGGUCCUCGAACAAACGACAACGAUGGCGAUGGCGAUGACAAUGACAAUGACACUCGUGCUACAAAGGAAGAACCCACCACCGCCAGGUACGAUCCGUCCGAGCAAACCAUUGUGGUUCCCCUUCGGAAGAAGCCACCGUCAACGAAAGGAAUCGACGACGGCGACGACGAUCAAAACCACUGGCCCGAUUUGGAACUCACAGCAAGACUGCUCGAGGCUAGGGAAGUUCCCAAGCAAUGGCUCCACUCGGUGGUGGAUUCCACAGUGACGCCAACGGACACAACUGCCKCUGACGAAGACCUCGAAGAYGACGCAGAAGAUGUCAACGACAACACAGGCGACGACAACAAUGCUAUUGCUUCGUGCUACGACGGCUACGGAUUYMACAACAUGUUUCGGAACGUCCUUGCGGAGUACUGCCGAAGUGGGCUAGCGGAAGAAAUGUUACCACAACUCAUGAUGGGAAAAGAGUCAAUCGAUCCGGAGCGGUCCACUAUCCAACAGCGACGUAUAGCCCGUAUAGAACACGAGUUGUCUUGCUUUGACUUCGAGCGGUACCUGGGGGAUCUCGAGCUGGGGAACGAGAAMAACGAUGACUAUCUAUAUACGAUGGUUAAGGACUACGUUCCAUGGUGGAGAACGAAAAUCGRCRCACCAAACCGGGUUGGAUCAGCCAUGACCCUGAAGGCGACGUCGACAACUACAACAACGGAAUCGUCAUCGCCUUCGUCACUGAUCSAAGAGAUGGACAACAUGGCCAUCCACGACGCCGACAACAAACGCCAAUCAUCACCAACAACCACAACCGACACAAAAUCCUCGUCAAUAUUCACCGAGAGCGAGAAACUGUUGCUCUCUACUAUCCCCUACCCGUUGCUAGCCAAGCACCUAGCUCACUACCGAUUGUGGUGUGGGGCCCUCGAACUGGUCCUAGCCUAUGUCUACGAUCACCUGACUACCAUGGGGGAUCCCAGCGUUGAAUCUCCAUGGACRGUGUCCGUCUUGUCGUGCCAGUUGUCCUGGCUAGAUGACCACUCUGCAGCUGGGGACGACGGCGGURGUUCUUCCGGGAUUGCUGGCACGGUCCGAUCUACCGUUGCUACAUUUUUGAGGCGCGUUCUGGUCUUUCCCUAUUGGAGAAACGCCGACGACGUCGGGUUCCGGGUCGUGCGCGAAACCCAUACACUGCUCACAACACACCGCACACGGGGAUGUGUAAAGGCACUGCUGGGGAUCCGCACCGCUCUCGACCAGAGCGAGGUCCACUAYCUGGGGAACAAGCUCUUUGUUGAUCCGUACCUUUACUGGGUCCAGAACGCGGGAAAGGACGACGGCCUKGACGCGAUCCUUUCUGAACUCRGGGAGCUGGUCGACGAAGAUGGCUUUGCAAAACUAUUGACCGGGGUGGAAGAAUCCCUGGGGAUCGAUGCGAUGAUGAUCGAAUAUUUUGGAGAAGAGAGUGACGACGACGGAAGCGAGGAUGCAUAUACUUCAUGUGGGUCUAGCGAGGAGGACGAUGGUAGCGAKAAUGAGAGUGACAGUGAUGAUAAUGGGGACGACACAGAACACCAACGGUACCAUUCUGCUGAACAGAUCUCUGUGGCAUCAGUGAGACAGCUGCUCGACGACCAAGUCGGGGAUGAAGUUUCGGCGUCUCCCGCUGCUUCUUUUUCUUCCCUGUUGGUAACAGCCCCUACCGACGAUGGGAACCAGGAACAGCAAGCACGGCAGCAACAAGACAACACRAGAAACCGUCCUCUGAUUCAAGAAUUAUAACACAAUGCACAGAAGGAAACGAAGUAUGUUGCACAGCAACAUUGCAAAUCAAUCCAUGGAAUGAACAUCGAUUAACAGUUCGAGGAACGGUUUCCUCGCUCGUGUCUCACAUGAUUGCGUAACAGUUGAUCAAUGGUUGCUCUAAACGCACGUAUACACAAAAUUCAAUUGUAAUAAUAUCACUUUCAUGCU